GGGGGCGGGCAGACAUGGUGACACGAUGCCGCGGGUGCGUCCCGGGACAUACAGGAUGUAACACACGGAGCUACAAACAAGACCUUUGGUCCAAUUUCACCACUCCAAACCGGUCUCCGCGUUGUCCUGCCCCCUGCUGGUGUCCCUACCCCCAGUCCCUCCCUGCUCGCUGUAUCCCCGCACCUCCCCCUGCCCCUCAUCCUGCAGGAGCUCCCUGAGUGGCCGCUGUCUUUCUCCUGCCGCUGCCAGCAUGCCCUCUUUCUCCGUGCGUGUCCUGGGGCCAUGCUCCCGGGCUGUUAGAGCAUGGGUGCAGUCACAGCAGGUAAGCAGCCGACAGGCGCAUGCUCUUCGGGUCCUGAGUGGGCAAAUAGAGCGACUUCCCCCUGCUGUCCGAGAAUUCGUAAUAAGAGGAGCAGAAUUGUGUGAACCCCAAAACAUCCAUAUAUGUGAUGGAACUACUGAGGAAAACGACACCAUCCUGACUGUGUUACAACAAGAGGGUAUGAUAAAGAAACUGCACAAGUACCAAAACUGCUGGUUGGCAAGAACUGACCCAAAGGAUGUUGCUCGGGUUGAGAGCAAGACAGUCAUAAUUACUACGGACAAGCGGGAUACUGUUCCAAUUCCUGCAGACGGAGCAAAGGGACAGCUGGGUAACUGGAUGUCCCCCGGAGACUUUGAAAGAGCUAAGAAUGACAGGUUCCCUGGUUGUAUGAAAGGUCGUACAAUGUAUGUAUUACCAUUCAGCAUGGGCCCAGUUGGCUCCCCUCUGUCAAAAUAUGGGGUUCAGCUCACAGAUUCCCCAUAUGUAGUUGCCAGCAUGCGUAUCAUGACACGUAUGGGGACACCAGUUUUGGACGCACUGGGAGAUGGUGACUUCGUGAAAUGUCUGCACUCUGUGGGGCAACCACUUCCCCUGAAGGCACCCCUGGUGAACUCUUGGCCUUGUAACCCUGAAAAGACACUCAUUGCCCAUGUUCCUGAUAACCGUGAGAUUGUCUCUUUUGGCAGUGGAUAUGGAGGAAAUUCUCUCUUGGGAAAAAAAUGCUUUGCUCUGCGCAUAGCCUCCAGAAUUGCCAAGGAUGAGGGCUGGUUGGCUGAGCAUAUGCUGAUUUUGGGUAUCACAAACCCAGCUGGACGUAAGAGAUACGUUGCUGCUGCCUUCCCGAGUGCCUGUGGAAAAACAAACCUUGCAAUGAUGCGGCCAGCUUUGCCGGGCUGGAAAGUACAAUGUGUGGGAGAUGACAUUGCCUGGAUGAAAUUUGAUAGUGAAGGACGUCUUCGGGCUAUUAACCCAGAAAAUGGCUUUUUUGGUGUUGCUCCUGGAACCUCUGUAAAAACAAAUCCCAAUGCACUACUUACAGCGGAAAGGAACACCAUCUUCACCAAUGUGGCAGAGACUAGUGAUGGGGGUGUAUACUGGGAAGGAUUAGAUCAGGAGCUUCCACCUGGCGUGACUGUCACAUCCUGGCUAGGAAAACCUUGGCAGAAAGGAGAUAAAGAUCCCUGUGCACACCCAAAUUCACGUUUCUGUGCCCCUGCUGCUCAGUGCCCUAUUAUGGAUGAGGCUUGGGAGUCACCAGAGGGUGUACCCAUAGAUGCUAUUAUCUUUGGUGGUAGAAGGCCUGAGGGUGUACCUCUGGUCUACGAGAGCUUCAACUGGAACCAUGGGGUGUUUGUUGGAGCUGCCAUGAGGUCUGAGGCUACUGCAGCUGCAGAACACAAAGGCAAAGUUAUCAUGCAUGAUCCUUUUGCAAUGAGACCAUUCUUUGGCUAUAAUUUCGGCCAUUACCUGUCUCACUGGCUGAGCCUGCAAAACAGGCCUGGACUACGUCUUCCCAAAAUCUUCCAUGUCAACUGGUUCCGAAAAGAUGACAAAGGACAAUUCUUAUGGCCAGGCUUUGGGGAGAAUUCCAGGGUACUAGAUUGGAUCUUCCGCAGAGUUGAAGGAGAGCAGAGUGCUCAACAUACACCUAUUGGCUAUCUUCCUGCUGAAGGGGCAUUAAAUCUAGAAGGGCUAGGUGGAGUAGACACAAACCAGCUGUUUUCCCUCCCAAAAGGAUUUUGGGAAAAAGAAGUGCAAGAAGUAGAAAAUUACCUAACAGAGCAAGUGACUGAUGACUUGCCUCCACAAAUUCUGCAGGAGCUUAAAGGUCUGGAGAGCAGGGUAAAACAGAUGUGAAGAGAUACAACAAGAGGACUGAAAAGCCAAAAAAGGGUGAGGUACUCUCCUCAAAAUCUAUGGUAAAUAAGUGCCUUCUAUCAAUUCAAGAAACCUGGCCUCAUGUGGAGCAUAUGUAGAGCAAGACUUGAGCAAAGAGUGAAAAUAUGCAAAUUAUUAAGUCAAAACUUUCAGGAAAGAUGUGUUAUUGUCCAGUGCAUUCUAAUCUGCCAAGUCCCAUUGGAAAUGACCUCAGGAAUUCUUUAUAUUUGUUUUUAGCCUGUCCAUUAUUUUUUAAUGCAACUAAAGUUGUUUUUUUUUU